UAUUGUUAUUUACAGUAAUUGAAGGAGUUCUAUUCAACCCAUGCUUACUUUGGCAUCCAUGAGGGUAUCUUUAAAGUGGAGUGAGAGUAGCUGGAAUGACAUUGAGACUGGUUUUGAUCAUUUCGUCAUACACCAAAAGUUCCCACUCCUUAUGCCUGACAUAUUAAUUACAUUCUUACUUAGGAACAGAGAUGAUUAUAUUGAUCAUCAUCUAGUUUUAUCUGUGGCCCGUGGAAGUAACUGUUUUUAGUAACUGAGAAGGGAGUAUAAAGUUUGUAGUAAUUUCCAGUUAAGACUAUAUGAUUAUUUCAAGAACUCCAUGGGAGUAAGUUUUAAGAUUUGUGAGGAAGCUUGUCAAAUUUCAUUACUUGAGGGUAAAAAAACAUGCACAAUGUAGUUGCUUCGUUUUGGUUGUAUUUUUUUGGGACAACAGCAUCUUCCUGAGCCACUUUUCCAGUUUUCCUUGUGGCCCUGUUUGUGACAUAAGAAACAUACAGGCAACAUAUUCCAUGUCAAAGGUAAUGAUAAUGCAAUGGCCACAAGCGGAUCUUUCCACCGAAAUUAACUUUUUCCUUUUUGACAUUGGAGAUGGUGUGUGUAUGUAUCAACUCAGAAAUGGCUCACUUUUAUCAUAAUAGCGCAGUUGGAAUAUAUGUUGAUAAUGCUAGUUUGUUUCUUGUGCAAGUUAUGCCAGCAAUUGUGUUUCCUGGACUUACUUGUUUUGUCAGAUCAAUCUCAUCUCCUCCCUUUUUCACAUCAUCUUUCUUUCUCGCCUUUACAUUCUCUAAUUUCGUUGUCCCAAUGAUGAAAUAUGUCUUUUGUUGUAUCCUGUGGAUCUAUUCAUAUUCAAUUC